UCACGAAGGACACGUGAUUCUCGCAUUGCGACUGAGAGGGUGAAUGAGUGAGGCCAAAAAUUAAUUUGUUAUUGUUAGUGUGGCUUCUACUUUCGUAACUACCACUAAAUCUACUGCUGCUAUUUCUUUCGCUACCACGACCACCACCACUAAGUAGUCAUUCACCGCUGCUGCUUCCAUUAAAUAACAAUUCACUGUUACCGCUACCAUCACGGCCUCUACUGAUCUACACCGUUCACUGCUGCUGUCAGUGUUCUUGUUGUCGUCACAGACAUGGUGCCUAGCCCAAUGACGCGUGUGAGUUCUAGCAAGAACUCCACGCCUGAUAACCCACCAGCUAACCAAUUAUCUAAUGAUGAAGGUGAAGAGCAAGUGGCAUCCGACGACUAUUCGCCCGCGUUGCGUCGACGGAACAUGAGGAGGACGGUGAGCAUGGCGAAUUAUGAAGAAAUAACUGGCGAAGAGAAGAGGGAGCGACUGAAACAACCUGACAAACCGAUCCACCGACAUCUUGAUUCCCUAUUCAGUACCUCAAGUGGAUUCACAAACUACAGAGGAUUAUUAAAUCUUUGUAUUUUACUCCUUGUAAUUUCUAACACACGGCUGGUUUUAGAAAAUUUAAUAAAAUAUGGGAUUUUAAUCGACCCUGUAGCCUCAUUUCAAAUGUUCCUGCUUAAUCCAUAUAAUUGGCCCAAUGUUGUACUCCUUGCUUUAUUGGAGUUGUUUAUAUUAUUUGCUUUCAAAACAGAGUGCCUUCUUGCUAAGAAUUCUAUCAGUGAUAAAUCAGGCCAGUUGCUAUACUGCAUUAACCUGCUGGUUCUUCUCAUCUUCCCUGCUGCUCUCAUAUUACAUUUACAUCCAAACCCUGCCUUUUCCAUUGUGACAUUAGGUUUCUACACCACUGUCUUCUUGAAGUUAGUUUCAUAUUGCAGUGUUAAUAGUUGGUGUCGUAACCAAGUAAUGAGGGAGACCCCUUUAAAACGACACAAGUCAUUCAGCUCCUCUGAAGGAAGGAAAAUUCCUCAAAGUGGUAAAGUUGGCAGCCAAUUAGUUACAUAUCCAAAUAAUCUAAAUCUUAAAGAUCUGCACUACUUCAUGUUCGCACCCACCUUGUGUUAUGAACUCAAUUUUCCCCGCAGUUCUCGAAUCCGAAAAUCAUUUCUCCUAAAACGCUUUAUUGAAAUGAUCUUUCUGUGGCAGGUGAUGCUUGCUCUAUUACAACAGUGGUUGGAGCCAAUUGUCCGAAAUUCUAUGAAGCCACUUGCUGAAAUGGAUGUAAAAAGGUCUGUUGAAAGACUUCUAAAAUUAGCCGUUCCAAACCAUAUGAUUUGGCUGAUUUUCUUUUAUUGGUUCUUCCAUUCCUGUUUGAAUGUGGUUGCAGAACUUUUGCAGUUUGGAGACCGAGAAUUUUACCACGAUUGGUGGAAUUCAGAGACUGUGAGUUACUUCUGGAAAAGUUGGAAUAUUCCAGUUCACCGAUGGGCAAGCAGACAUCUAUACAAACCAUUGGUAAAACGAGGCCAUUCCAAGUUCACAGCAUCCUGUUUAGUAUUUUUACUCUCGGCUUUUUUCCAUGAAUAUUUGGUCAGUGUGCCACUGAAAAUGUUCCGCUGGUGGGCAUUUAUGGGCAUGUGCCUCCAGGUACCACUGGCAGUAAUUGUGGAUUCUCGUAAUUAUGGUAAAUAUGGAAACAUGGCAGUAUGGCUAUCACUAAUUCUUGGACAGCCUAUAGCUAUUCUAGCCUAUAUGCACGACUAUUACAUUUUGUCCAAGACUGAAUGAUCCUAAUACCAAUUACUUCUACAAAUUCCUACAAUUAGUAAAAGACAUCUCUUGAACCAUUUUCCAAAUUUAAAAAAAAAAAUCAUUCAAAUAAUUCUUCAGAUCAAUUGCUGGAUAUUUUAGAAUUUGUGUUUAAUUCUUUAUUUCAGAAUUUAAAACUAGCCAAACAUUUUUUCGUUUUCCUUAACAGUACAGCAUUUAUUUUCUAAAUAGUUCUGUGGUGGUCUGACCUUUGAGUAAAAAUCCUCCGCAGAACAAACAUUACUCUCACCUUUUUACCUUCCAAUCCAACUUGAUGCAUCGUUGCGCUAUUUGUAGAGACCCUGAACAAAUUUAUGCCCACCACAUUUUAGCAUCAUUAAGAAAUAGACUCCCUCACAUAUGUAUAGAAAUAUUUUUUUCUUUUAACAUUUACCUCUUACAUUAGGAAUUUUGGAUGUGUGGGGGGUUUCACAAUUGCUUUUAAUACAGGGACCCUUUAAUGCUGCUGACUAUUAAAUUGUCCUCUGUCAAUCCAAAGAUCAAAAAUAUAUUUAUUGAUUCAAAACUGAUGCUUCUAGAUUUGUCACUCAGUUUUUUUCCUUUCUGAGAAAUUCUUAGUUACAACAGAAUCCUCAACUUUGAAUGAAUAAACUUUGUGUAAUAAGUUCUCUUCCUAUCGUUUCUGCAUUCAGACAUACUUGUGUGUGUAUGUAUAUGCAUAUACAUAUAAUAUCUGUAUAUGCAUGUGUGUGUAUGUAUAUAUAAUGAAUGUGUAUUAGAAACAGGUUUAUAAAGUUAACCUGUGACUGAAAUUGUAUAUUUUUACUAAUAUAUUCCUCUUGUUAAUGUUAAUGAAAAUAUUACCAAAUUUCUUUCAAUAAGAACUGCAAUAUCUUUGAAGCUUUUGCCAGAAGUAAAGAUUCUAAGUGUGUGAGCGUAAGAUGUAUGUCUUUCUGAUAAAUUCUUCCCAGUUUUUUAAAUCUAUCCAUUGUCAGCAAGAGUACAUUCUUCAUAUUCACCCUAAAUGAAAAAUACUGGGUUUAAAACGAUUUUAUCAUUUGGUUUGGGUUCCAAUGCAUUGUUUUUAAAAAAAAAAAAUGAUUAUUUUUUUAAAUCCAUUGAAAAUAAAGUCCAAUAUAUAUAAACGUUUUAUAAAAAAAAAAAUAAAAAUAUAAAAAAGAUAUGCUGCCUUUGUCAGUAGUUCCAUUAUUUCACCAGAAUUCUGUGCCAAGUUAAAUGGCAAUCCUGAAUUCAGUUUUUGACCAAAUAAAAUUUUCUGAUUAGCACUUUACCAUUUUUCUCCUAGUAUCAAGGAAUAAUUUGUACCAGAAUAUGCCAAAAACCUAAAUAGUGAAAUUUAUUCAGUACUGGGUAGACUGAUCAAGAAAUUGGUAGUUCUUUUCAUCAUCACCUGUUGUCUUGUACCCAGCUCCCUUCAUAUAGAUGUAAGCAGGUAACCCAAAGCAGUGUUUAUUCAAUAGUGUAUUUAUGUUCCUUUGAAAUAUUACAUUUAACUGCUGUUAUCCCAAAAGGAUGUAAAUGGCGCCUCCUUUCAAUGUAUUUUCCCAUGAAGUUGUGAUUAAGGCAACACUGAAAUGACUCAGGCAGUUUGGGAAGUGACAGUUGAUCGACACCACAGAUUGUGGCUACAGCGCACAGCUGGCUCUAUUAGCAACACACUGAACCCCCAUGCCUCAUUUGCCCUUGUUUAUUAAUAGGGACCACAGAGUAUAUUCACCCCUAUUUGAAGCAGUCUAUAUUUGAUGGCUGCUUUAUUAGCUUGCAGUGUUUGAGUCUGAUCUCUUCAGUGUAGGACACUGGAGAAAGGGACAGAUUCUGUCAAAUUACAUGGAAACAAUUUUCAAGGGUUUAUAAAAGGGGACAGAUCCUGCUGAACAGACUAUAUGAAGACAGUCAUCAACAGUUUUAGAAUUUACAGUGACAAUGAUCCUCAAGUUACCUACUGCACAUCAACACACUUGGCUAUGGUUCAGAACUCAAUCCUUAGGGGUUUUGCUAUUUACACAUUAACUUUUAAUGAUUGUGCACAAACCAGUUUUUGGUUUUAAAAAACUGUUGAAAAGCCAUCA